AUGGCACAAGCCAGUCCAGGGCCUGUCAGAACUGCCGCCGGGCGUCACGUGUCUUCUGACACGCCCACAUCCACAAUUAAAACUUUCUUUGAGUGCAUAUCCAAAGGUAACAAAAACCAAGUCAAAAAUCUCCUUAACAAAGGAGACGGGGUUCAUUUGCUCAGCAACGGCAAAGGUUGGACUGGUCUAAUGGUGGCCGCUACGACGGGGUCCAUAAAUAUUGUCAAGAUUCUGCUGACGAUGCCGGAUAUUGACAUAGACAAAGUGAACGCUAGUGGUUGCACGGCAUUGAUGGUUGCGGCUUGCUUUGGCCGUGCUGAUGUCGUGCGACUUCUGGUGCAGAAAGGUGCGAGAACAGACCUGAAAAAUAACGAAGGAGAAACGGCUUGUUUUAUCGCAUUGUCCUUAGGUCGGGUUGACAUUGUGAAGCUGCUAGGUCACAGUGACACAGGCGUUGAUGUCAAGAAUAAUCUGGGACGGACCCCCUUGAUGGUGUCGGCAUACCGCGGGGCCAGUCGAGCGGUAAAAAAACUGUUAAAUCUUAAAGCUGACGUGGAUCAUUUAGACAACUGCGGCUGGAGCGCUUUGAGUCUCGCAGCGUGCCAAGGACAUUACACCGUGGCGAAUACUUUACUUUUAAACAAAGCAAAUGUCGAAACACAAGAAGGUAUGUUUAACCCACUACUUCUCGCUGCACAAAAUCGCCAUCUGAACAUUGUUAAAUUGUUGAUCAAGCAUAACGCAGAUAUAAACUACAGAAACUCACAAAGAUGGACAUCGCUAUUAUACGCCAUCAAAAACAACGACAUCAAAAUGGUGGAUUUCCUGUUGAACAACGGCACACAGGUCAACAGGCGGACGUACAAGAAAACAUCCGCGUUGAUGCUAGCUUCACGCAGUGGGCACGUUGGUAUCGUCAAACUCUUACUGUUAAAAAACGCUGACGUCAAUUGUCAAGACGUCAAAGGUAAAACGGCUUUAAUGGAAGCUUCAGAGAACGGACACACAGACAUUGUCCGGCUACUUGUAAACAACAGAGCCGAUGUAAACCUGGGCACGUGUUUGGGAUGGACAGCUUUAAUGUUUGCGGUGCAGAAUGCUCGGUACAAAACUGUGAAACUUCUGGUAAAGAGCGGUGCGAAUGUUUCACAAUUGACCAAAUUGCAGUCCAGUGUUUUGAUGAUAGCCGCGCAAGUAAAUCAUCUAAAAACUCUCAAACUGAUCAUUUCGGUUAACCCAAAUAUUUCUCACAUCAACAGUGUCGGGUGGUCGGCUCUAGCCAUAGCCGCCGCUAAAGGUUUUAACGACAAUGUUAAAUAUCUUCUAAAAAUACAUGCAGAUGUAAAUCACAAAAUCAGGGGUUUUACACCACUUAUUUUAGCCGCGUGGUAUGGGCAUACUAGUACUGUAAACAUUCUGUUAGACAACCACGCCGACGUCAAUAGCGUGACGUCAGUCGGGGUCACGCCGUUGAUGCUGGCGACGUUCAAAGGUCACGGUGACACGGUAAACUUGUUGCUGAGAAGUGGAGCAACGGUCGAGCACUCGAACAGAUUCUGUCAGACGGCCAUGACCUUGGCGGCAGCGUCAGGUCACGAUGACAUUAUCAGAUCCAUCAUCAAGCACUGCGACCAGCAAGGGGUCACGUGCCCGGGUCUACGUAGGAGCCUGUUCGCCGCCGCCCUCAAAAACCACCCGCUCGUCAUAGACGCCCUGUGUGAGAAGACAACCGAGCUGAACCUAAUACAAGACAACUGCCGCAGUCCCAGCAUCGUGGCCUGCGCUAAAGGACACGUCGAUGUCGUCACCAAGUUGGUGGAACACGGCUGCGACAUCAACAGGACGGUAACCAACGCCCAGUCGCCGGAUGCCAAACCGGUUCUUCUUGAAGCCGGCAGUUUAAUCUCUGCCGGCCCGAUCCACGUCUGUGCCUACUGUAAUCAACCGGAAUGUCUUAAGAUCUUAAUUAGCGCCGGGGCUGACAUUAAUCAGAAAAACGAUUACGGAACAACAGCACACAUGAUUGCAAAAUCCAGAAACUACCAGGAAAUUUGCGAUAUUCUUUUUACAAAGGUGGCUGAGAUUGAUGCUGAGAUUGAUGCUACAUCGGAGUCCAAAGAUCCUUUUCUGCGAUCUUCUCAACAUAUGUAA